AUGCAGUUCCUUUUGACCCGUGAGGGCAAAGGUCGGAAACCCCAGGAGCAAGUGCUGAGUGUGACUGACAGGCCACUUCUGGUAUUCCCGGUCUGGACGGUGGGGCCUGUGGUCCAAGGGGGACCCCGUAGCUAUCAAUACUGGCCAUUUUCAUCCAGUGACCUUUACAAUUGGAAGUCUCAAAACCCUCCUUUCUCAGAGGAACCCCAAAAACUCAUUGCCCUAUUGGAAUCUGUUUUGUUCACACACCAUCCCACUUGGGAUGAUUGUCAGCAGUUGUUACAGGUACUCUUCACCACGGAAGAAUGUGAACGAAUCCUCCACGAGGCUCACAGACAUGUUCCUGGGAUAGAUGGACUCCCCACGACCCAGCCCCACCUCAUAGAGGCGGCCUUUCCCUCCACUUGCCCCCCCCCCCGGGACUUUGAGCAACAAGAAGGUAGGGAACACCUACGGGUCUAUCGCCAGGUUCUCAUAGCCGGUCUCCGCGCUGCGGCUCGCAAGCCAAUUAAUUUGGCUAAGGUAUAUUUAGUUAGACAACAGCCUGACAAGAGCCCCACUGCCUUCUUGGAGCGGCUCCAGGAUGCCUUUCACCUAUACACUCCUAUGGACCCCCUGACAGAGACCAGCUGGGCAGCUGUCCUACUCUCCUUUGUCAACCAAUCUGCCCCUGAUAUUCGCCGAAAGCUCCAAAAGAUAGACAACCUAGGAGAGCAAUCUAUAAGUGACCUCCUCAAGGUGGCUGAGCGAGUGUUUAACACCCAAGAAACUCCUGAGGAAAGGGCAGAGUGCCUACACCAGGAGGAGCAGGAGUACAAAACCAGGCAGCACCAAGAGAAUCGGGAGUACAAAGCCAGGCAGGACAGAAAGAAUCAGAAAGACCUAGCUAAGAUCCUAGUGGCUGGUCUGUCCCAGCAACUGCAGAAGGAAGUCCCCAGUAGUCAGGGGGCCCGUUCACGUUGCUUCCAAUGUGACAAGGAAGGCCACUGGAAACGGGAGUGUCCAGAGAAGCCCAAGAGCAAAACCCCUCGCCCUAGCCUUGCAGGUGCAGGCUCCUGGGCACCUCCCAAUCCUAACUCUCUCCACCACCUGCACCAUGACCAAUGCCCUAAAGUUCUCUGUGCUAAUGAGAGGGAGGAGGAUUGAAGAGGAUGGGACUCUCACCCCCUCCCAGAGUCCUGGGUAACCCUGAAGGUGGAGGGGAAACCGAUGAACUUUAUGGUUGAUACAGGUGCUCAGUUUUCAGUUUUAACAAAACCAAUUGGGGCAGUCUCUUCUAAAGCCAGUUGGGUACAGGGUGCCACCAGUACCAAAAGAUAUAAUUGGACUACUGGCCGCCAGGUAGACCUCAGUCGUCAUCAAGUCACCCAUUCCUUUCUUGUCAUCCCUGAUUGCCCGGCCCCUCUCCUAGGACGGGACCUCCUGCACAAAGCAGGGGUCCACAUCCAUUUCUCAAAUUCUGGGGUCUCAGUCACAGAUGAUCAAGGGUCACCUCUACAUGUUUUGACUCUAUCACUCCAUGAUGAGCAUCGUCUCCAUGCGGACCCAGCCCCAAUGGAAGUCCCUGACCACAUCCACCUCUGGAUGGACAAAGUACCUGAGGUAUGGGCCGAGAUUUCGGGUGUGGGUCUGGCGGUUCAGCAACCCCCCAUCAUUGUGGCACUUAAACCGGGGGCGACUCCAAUAAGGGUCAAGCAGUAUCCCAUGUCCUUGGAAGCCAGAAGGGGGAUUGCCCCACACAUCACCCGGCUCCGGGAAGCAGGUAUUCUGGCCCCCUGCCGGUCCCCAUGGAACACUCCCCUCCUACCUGUUCGCAAACCUGGAGGGCAGGACUUCCACCCUGUACAAGAUUUGAGGGAAGUGAAUGUGCGUGUGGAGGACAUCCACCCCACUGUGCCUAACCCAUACACCCUGUUAAGCUCACUACCACCCGACCUCAGCUGCUACACCACCCUCGAUUUAAAGGAUGCCUUCUUCACCUUGCCAUUAGCCCCCAUUAGCCAGCCCUUGUUCGCCUUUGAGUGGCAUGAUGAACUGGCACAAACAACGGGCUAACUAACGUGGACUCGGUUGCCCCAGGGGUACAAAAAUGCCCCUACAAUCUUCAACUAGACCUUUGCCUUGGACUUACAGGAGUUUCGCAGUUACCCCCUCGUUACCCUCCUCCAAUAUGUAGAUGACUUCUUACUUGCUGCACCCACCCAAGUGGCUUGUGAAACCGCUACCCAUGGCCUACUAGAGACUCUAGGCCACCUCGGUUAUAGGCUGAGUGCUAAGAAGGCCUGUAUAGCCCAGGUCACCUACCUAGGAUAUAAGCUCCGAGGGGGGCAACGGUGGCUGACUCAGGCCAUGAAAGACACUGUCUUGUGCCUUCCUCCACCAAAGGGGCCCCAGCAGGUGUGGGAAUUCCUAGGGUCAGUGGGGUACUGCCGCCUCUGGAUCCCCGGGUUUGCAGAGAUUGCCCGGCCUCUAUAUGAGGGCUCUAGAGAAAAGGCAGACUGGGCUUGGUCACCUGCCAUGGACAAUGCCUUUCAGAGACUCAAACAGGCAAUGCUAACCGCCCCUGCCCUAGCCCUACCAGACCCUGAGAAGCCCUUUCAGCUAUUUGUGGAUGAAAAGAAGGGAGUAGCUAAGUGGGUGCUGACCCAACAACUAGGGCCUUGGGAUAGGCCAGUAGCUUAUCUGUCCAAAAGACUAGACCCUGUGGCAUUAGGGUGGUCCCCCUGCCUGCGCAUCAUAGCUGCUGUGGCCUUAUUAGUCUGAGACGCCGACAAGCUCAUGUAUGGGCAGGCCCUUCAAAUAACCACUCCUCACGCCGUUGAGGGCAUCCUUAAACAACCACCUAGUCGAUGGAUGUCUAACACCCGCCUCACUCACUAUCAGGGCUUGUUGUUAAAUGCCUCCCAAAUCUCCUUCCAUGUAACAUCUGCCCUGAACCCUGCAACCCUGCUACCUGACCCCCCACCAGACCAACCCCUACAUGAUUGCCAGGAGAUUCUAGCUGAAAAAGUGAUGGCCCGACCAGAUCUCAAGGAUACCCCACUCCUCAACGCAGAACUAGUCUGGUUUACUGAUGGGAGUAGCCUCAUCCAGGACGGGAAACGACGGGCAGGGGCAGCAGUGGUGGAUGCAUCGGGAAACCUCAUCUGGGCAGCAGCACUCCCCGAGGGAACCUCAGCCCAGAGAGCAGAGUUGGUUGCCCUACAAACUGCCCUUGAAAAAGCUGAAGGGAAGCAACUGACGGUGUACACAGACAGCUGGUAUGCCUUCGCUACCUUGCAUGUCCACGCACCUAUCUACAGGGAAAGAGGAUUUCUCACCGCAGGAGGUAAGGAGGUUAAAUACCCAGAAGAAAUCCAAGCUCUCCUUUCUGCAGUCUGGCGACCCAAGGCAGUAGCUGUGGUCCACAUCCCUGGCCACCAAAAAAGGGACUCUUUGGAGGCACAGGGAAAUCGAGCUGCUGACCAGGCUGCACGAGAAGCUGCCUUCCAUGCACCCCUCCUUACCCUGCCCAUGAUCAUACCACCCCCUCCAUCUGAGGAUCCCCAAUACUCGAAACAAGACCUAGACUGGGUGACACGGCAUCGAGGGAUUAAAGAUGGUCUGUGGUACAGGGACCCGAAAGGCAACAGAAUCCUUCCCGAGGCCCUGGGACCGCUGCUCUGUGCUCAUUUACAUCACCUUUCUCAUCUGGGGGAAAAGAAACUUGCCCAGCUUCUUGAUAAGGGACAACUAAAGUUCCCAGGCCGGGGAACCUACUUAAAACAACUUGUAGCUGCUUGCUGGGCUUGCCAACUAAUGAGGUCAGGGAAACCCAAUAAACAUCAAGAACAUCGAGUAAGAGGCAAGCGGCCCUGCCAAUCUUGGGAGGUUGAUUUCACUGAAGUAAAGCCCGGGAGGUAUGGGUACCGCUACCUGCUAGUAUUUGUGGACACCUUUUCAGGGUGGCCAGAGGCAUUUCCAACCAAAGCUGAAACGGCCCAGGUGGUAGCUAAGAAACUGAUGGAAGAAAUCAUUCCUCGAUUUGGGUUCCCAGUAACCAUUGGUUCUGACAAUGGACCUGCUUUUGUGAGCAAGGUCCUUCAGGAACUUACAUCCGCCCUGGGGGUGGAUUGGAAAUUACAUGGUGAGUAUAACCCCCAGAGUUCUGGCCAGGUAGAGAGGAUGAAUAGAACAAUUAAGGAGAUAUUAUCCAAAUUGGCCCUCGAGACUGGCGUAGACUGGGUGACCCUCCUUCCUUUAGCCCUCUUCCAGGCCAGGAAUACUCCUGGCCCACAUCACCUUACCCCUUUUGAGGUCCUGUACGGCUCUCUUCCCCCUAUCCUUCCCCAGGUGCCCCAGAUGCCCACCAAGCCUCAAGGGCCGGAGGAAUUCUGAGCUAUGCUCCUGGGGCUUGCAGAGGCCCACCGUGAUCUGUGACCCAGGCUCAGGGAAUUCUUCCAACCCCCUCCCCUUCCCCCACAUGACUUCGUACCUGGAGAUUGGGUGUGGGUUAAGCAGCAUCAGCGUGCCAUCCUCCAGCCCCGCUGGAAAGGUCCGUAUGUCACCCUCUUUGUCACCCCCUCUGCUUUAAAGGUUGACGGCGUUGGACCUUGGAUCCACCACACACACGUUCGCCGAGCAGACCCUCCUGAGCAGUCAGAACCCCAGUGGCAAGCCUGCAGACACCCUACGAACCCCCUCAAGAUUCAUCUCCUCAAAAGAGGAGGGGAAACUCAUGCGCCUAACUAA